CCCCACCUAUACUGACCUGCUGACCCGUUGCCCACCAUGUAGCGUACUGGUGAGAGUCAGUCUUAAAGCACGAUUCAUUCACGUCCGGCCGACGCCCACGUCGCCCACCUCAUCACACAGAUUAUGCCCGUACCCCGACACGACUCGCUCGCCGCCCGCAUCGAGCGCAGGGACAGCCGCGCGUCCGAAAAGCUCGGGUCCAUCUCGGUCACCGUCGCAGACGGCGAACUCGCCAAGCUCGACGAGUACGAAGAGGUCAUUGCCGCCGAGACAGAGUUCACCGAAGCAGAGUACAAGCGCCUCCGGCGCAAGUUUGACUUCGUCCUCAUCCCCCUCCUCAUGAUCGCAUACGGCCUCCAGUACAGCGACAAGACGUCGCUGUCCUCCGGCGUCAUUUUUGGGCUGAAGGAGGACACGCGCCUCACGACGCAGCAGUACAACAACCUCAACUCGUUCUUCUACAUGUCUUAUGGCGUGGCUCAAAUCCCCAUGGGCUUCCUCAUGCAGCGCUUCCCCCUCGGCCGCGCCCUCAGUGUGUCGAUCAUCAUUUGGGGCGCAAUGGUCAUGCUUCUCGGCGCGUGCAAUCACUACUGGGACCUGAGCGUUGUACGCGUGCUUCUCGGCUGGUUCGAGAGCGUCGUCACGCCGGGAUUCGCCGUGCUUACCUCGUCGUGGUAUCUGCGCCGCGAGCAGACGUUGCGCCAGGCGUGCUACUAUGCGAUGAACGCAUUCUUCUCCAUCGUUUUUGGCAUCGCGAUCUACGGUAUUGCGGACAGUGCACAGAGGAAUGGGGGUAUGGCCGCGUGGAGGAUCAUCAAUCUCUUCCUUGGCGGACUGACCGUGGCCAUCGGCAUCAUCUUUCUCUUCGUAGUUGGCACGCCCGACGAAGUCUGGUGGCUUUCCAAGCGCGAGAAGCUCAUGGCCAAAGCCCGCAUCGUUGAGAACGCCACGGGCGGUGGCGAGCAGCACGCGUGGAAGUGGGCGCAAGUCAAGGAAUGUCUCCGCGACCCGCAGUACUGGUUUGCGUCCAUCUAUAACCUCCUGUCGUGCAUCCCCAACGGCGGCCUCGGCGCCUUCAAUAACCUCAUCUACAAGAGCAUGGGGUUCACGAACCUCGAGGUCAUCCUGUACGGGAUGCCAAACAGCGCGGUCGCAUGCACGCUGAUCAUCACGGCUGCGACGACCGUCUACUAUGUCCCCCGGGCGCGCUUCCCUAUCGCCAUUGUCUGCCAGAUCGUCCCGUGUGCCGUGUUUCUUUACGUCGGCCUUGAGGAUCCCGCGAAGAAGUGGAACCGCUGGGCGGCAUUCACAUUCUACGGCGUAUUCGCGAUCAGCACGUUCAUGGUCUGGCCGCUUAUGAGUGUGAACAUCGCCGGGCGGACCAAGAAGACGUUCAUGAGCGCUAGCGCGCUGAUAUGGUACUGCAUCGGCAACGUCGUCGGCACGCAGAUCUUCGUGCCCUCAGAUGCGCCCAAGUACCUCAAGGGCCUGAUCUCUUGCGGCGCCGUCAUGUGCCUCAACGCGCUCAACCUCGGUUGCUGGUGGUGGUACUACGCUCGCACCAAUGCACGCCGCGACGCCGAGGCCCUCGCGUCGGGAAUCAGCGCUGAGACGCAAGCGCUUGAGAGCCGCCUCGCCGGCGAGCUCGACCUCACAGACCGCGAGAACAAGCAUUUCCGGUACGCGUGUUAAGCGGCGUGGUUGUGUAUGUUGUACGGUGUAGACGAUAAGGACGGAAUGUGACUAUGCUUAUUGAGGG